GUUGCAGCUCUGUCCCUCUCGGCUCUCUGAACCCUGACCCAGCAACCUCCACAAGCCGAGACCCAGACAGGUGACAUGAAGCGAUUUUCAGAGUGAUGUAGUAGGAUGAGUAAAGGAAGAAAAGCUACUUAAAUUUCCUUAUAAUAUUGUGUUCUGGAGCUGAAGAAGAUUAGAUCAGUUUAAUGGCUACCGAUGGACACAAACGGUCACAAGUUUCAUCAGCUCCGCCUCGAAAAUUAAGUGUGCAAAAGUUUGCAGAAGCGCGAGCUACAGAACUUGAGACGCUCCAUACAAUUGUAACUGACCGAUUGAAGAAUGAUUUCCGGUCUCAAAGAAGCAAGAGAAGAAGGACCACUGCUUAUGACAAUCAAGCCGCAAAAAAGAGAAGUAGAAAAAAGCAGAAGCAUGGAGUAGUUGAUCAAAGCAAUGCUUUUCUUUCAGAGAAGGAUGAUAAGAAUGUUCCUCGUCGCAUUCGUCGGAGGGCUGAGCUUAAAAUGAACCUUGAAAAGGGUUUCUGCACCUCAGGCGAUGGAACGAAGAGGCUUAGAACACAUGUUUGGCAUGCCAAGCGGUUCACAAUGACUAAGCUUUGGGGUUAUUAUCUUCCCCUAGGUUUGCAGGGCAGUGGAAGGGGUUCCAGAGCUGUCCUGAAGUGGUUCAAAGCUGGAGUGCUUGCCCAUGAUGCAAGCUAUCAUGUAGCUAUGCAAUUGGAGGGUAAAGAGGAAUCGUUACUAUCAGUUUUAAGAAUGGUAUUGGUGCCUUCUCCAUCAGCUCGUUCUGAAGAAAUUACCCGUUCCAUUAUUUCUGGGGCCAUAUAUGAUACUGCAAUGCUUCAUCAGUUUGGAGCACCAUGUUCAACACCAAUUGCACCUGUUACCUAUAUGUGGCGGCCCACUUGCCAACAGGAUAAAGAUAAUGAUGCUUCUGCUGUCUAUAAUUGUGUUAUAUCUAAUGGUCUAGAGGUUACAGAGCGCUCUUCUACCUUUCGCCAUCUUUGGGUGUGGAUACAUGCUUCUGCUUUCCCUGCAGGAUAUGAUGCGCUUAAAUUAGCUUGCCAAAAAGAGAUGGAAGAGAGCGGCAGCGUGAUUAAGUGUCUCUCACUUGAGGGCAAACUCGCAAAAUUAGAAAUUAUGGGAUCAAAAGCAUUUCAACUCCUCCAAAGGACAUUGUGCCCUGUUACAAGAAGUAAGGACCAUACGUGGGCAUUGAAUAGACAUUCAGUUGCGGAAGCUUCAGAUGAUUCCCAUUCUAAGUAUGUGCUUGAAAAUGAAGAAGACAUUCCUUCCCAUGCAGUGAUGUCUCUUAGAGUCAAGGAUCCUCGUGUGUUCAUAGACAAACGAAAGACUGCAAAUGCUGCUGAGUCAGGUUCUGCUAGUAUACUAGCUGAUGUACAAGGAACUGAAGACAAAGAGCAUUUUGUCUAUGAAAAUAUUUCAGAAAAGAAAGAAGUGAUACUGUCCUUGAUGGGGUCAGAAGCCGAAGGUACUAGCAUGCUCGCAGAAAAGAAUUUGUGGGAUGUUAACAGAGGUAUAAGUCCUCCAGUGGAAGAGACAGUUAUUUGCAAGGAAAGAUAUGACCAGAAUAAAAACCUCUUCUGUCUUGAUGAAUCAAGUUCAAGGGUACUAAAUACUUCAACCAAUUUGCAGUGCUCAAGAUCUUGUCCAAUUCUGCUUUUGAAAAAUAACGACAGAAGGGGCAUGCAUAAUGGAUGGUCUGUAAUUCUACCCUUGAGCUGGGUCAGGGCAUUUUGGAUUCCUCUUAUCUCCAAGGGGGCCAAUGUGAUAGGUUUGAGGGAGAAGCACUGGAUUUCAUGUGACGUAGGAUUGCCAUAUUUUCCUUCGGAUUUCCCGGAUUGCCAUGCGUAUUUAUGCCUUAAAGAAACUGAAAGUGCUGCAUCCAAUGUUAAAGACGAACUUCGUCCUCCAACACAAAGACCUUUGAGGGUUCCAAUUUUACCACCAUGGAAUAGUAUCCAAGUUUCUUUAAGGGAAGGACCCACCAAAAUGCAAAAUGCUGAAACUUUUAGACUGGAAGAUGCAGUCAGAAACAAUUCAUCAUCUAACUCGGAGUGUGAAAAUUAUGAUGUUACAUAUUUUGUAGCACGGACAUCUUUUUCACUGAAAAAUUUCUUGAAUGAAUUCCAAGGCUGUAAGUUACGCCUACGUCCUCAUGUGACCGAUAAGUCGACAAGCUUUACUGCAUUUAUGAGGGAUGAAAGCAACCUUGGGCAUGGCCAAAAUGGGAUUACAAAAUUUAGUUACAACCACAAGUUAUGUUUUGUAAGAGUAUUUCUCCAUGCUUACAAAGAAGGGUUUUUUGAAGAGGGAGCAGUUGUUUGUGCACCUCAAUUGACUGACAUCUCACUCUGGACAAGAUCAGAGAAUAUUGAUGGAGGACUACAAGUUCCUCAAUCUGCCGUGAGAUCCUAUUUCAAAGAGCAAUCUUCUGGUAAGUGGGAACUCCAACUACCAGGGGAUACUAUCAGUAGAGAAUCUCAUCGUUGGCCUAUAGGCUUUGUGACCACUGGUUUUGUUCGAGGGAGCAAGAAAACAGUGGCACAAGCUUUUUGUGAGGCAGUACUACUUGCUCAUAUUAGAGGGGAACAGUGGGAUAUGAUGCCAAUUAAACGGAGACGGAAGGAAAUAUAUGUUCUUGUGAGGAAUUUAAGAUCCUCAGCAUAUAGACUAGCUCUUGCCACUAUCGUCCUGGAAGAUCAGGAAGAAGAUGUUGAAUUUCUUUGAAGUGCGCUUAAUGGGC